AUGUCACAAGUCCAACAAAUGCCCACAGACGGUACCGGUGUUCUCCUCUCAGAUCCUUGGCUCGAGCCCUUCUCACCCGCUCUUCGAAAACGUUAUGCCGCUUACAAGAAGCAGCUUGACGAGAUUGAAGCACACGAAGGCGGUCUCGCUCAUUUCUCAGAAGGGUACAAGUCCAUGGGUCUCCAAGUGGACGAGAAUGGUGGGGUCAGAUACCGUGAAUGGGCUCCAAAUGCAACGCAAGCUCGCUUGAUUGGAGAAUUUAAUAAUUGGUCUCACACUGCCAACCCAAUGACCAAAUCACCUUACGGUGUAUGGGAGUGUUAUGUUCCACCCAAAUCACCUGGUGUCUGCGCUAUUCCUCAUGAUUCUAUGAUCAAAAUAUCCAUGACCUUGCCCUCGGGCGACUCUAUCGAUCGUAUUCCCGUUUGGAUAUCUCGUGUGACCCAAGAUCUUUCUAUUUCACCCAUCUAUGAAGGUAGAUUUUGGAACCCUCCCAGGGAGCAGGUUUAUCAGUUCAAACAUGGUCACUCGACCAGAUCGUCGGAAGGGUUGAAAAUUUAUGAAGCUCAUAUCGGUAUCUCCAGCCCCAAUAUGCGAGUAACCACAUACAAAGAGUUCGAAGAGGAUGUUCUACCGAGAAUUAAGAAACUGGGGUAUAACUGUAUCCAGAUGAUGGCUGUCAUGGAACAUGCUUACUAUGCGUCAUUCGGUUAUCAAGUCACAAACUUCUUUGCUGCAUCUUCCCGUUAUGGAACCCCCGAGGAGUUGAAAUCCCUUAUCGAUAAAGCUCAUGAAAUGGGUCUCACCGUGUUGCUUGAUGUGGUUCACUCUCACGCAUGCAAAAAUAUCCUGGACGGUAUAAACGAAUUUGAUGGAACCGAUCACCUAUACUUCCAUGGCGGAGCUAAAGGAAAGCAUGAACUGUGGGAUUCACGAUUGUUCAAUUACGGACAUCACGAGGUACUUCGAUUCCUCCUAUCCAACCUCCGCUACUGGAUGGAUGUAUACAUGUUCGAUGGCUUCCGAUUCGAUGGCGUUACCAGUAUGAUGUACACUCAUCACGGCAUUGGCACCGGUUUCUCUGCGAUGGUAUAUCUCAUGUUGGCCAAUCAAAUGCUUCAUGAGAUCUACCCUAAUGUCAUCACCAUCGCUGAAGAUGUCUCGGGAAUGCCCACUCUCGGUCGACCAGUCUACGAAGGUGGAGUAGGCUUCGACUAUCGUCUCUCCAUGGCUGUACCCGACAUGUGGAUCAAAAUGCUCAAGGAACUAUCGGACGAUCAAUGGGACAUGGGCAAUGUUGUACACACUCUCACCAACCGUCGACACCUGGAAAAGAGUGUGUCAUACGCCGAAAGUCAUGAUCAAGCCCUUGUCGGUGAUAAAACAUUGGCAUUCUGGCUUAUGGACAAGGAGAUGUACGAUUACAUGUCCGAUCUGUUCAUCGUUCACACUCUCGGAGGAGAGGCGUAUCUCAACUUCGAAGGAAACGAAUUUGGUCACCCAGAAUGGAUGGACUUCCCCCGAGAAGGUAAUGGCAACUCCUUCGCCCAUGCACGUCGUCAGUUCAACCUCGUAGACGACAAUCUCUUGCGAUAUAAAUACCUUAACGAAUUCGACGUUGCGAUGAAUUGGCUCGAGGACAAGUAUAAGUGGCUCAGCGCACCACAAGCCUACGUUUCGCUGAAGAAUGAGAACGAUAAAGUCAUCGUGUUCGAACGAGCAGGACUCCUCUUUAUCUUCAAUUUCCACCCCUCACAAUCCUUUGCUGACUAUCGAGUCGGAGUGGAAACUCCAGGAGAAUACAAAGUCAUCUUAUCAAGUGACGAAAAGAAGUUUGGUGGACACGAACGAAUCGAUCUCAAUGGUAGAUAUUUCACAACACCUAUGGAAUGGAACGGGCGAAAGAAUUGGAUCCAGGUAUACACUCCUGCCAGGACUGUGUUGGUAUUGGGCUUAUAA